GCUCUGGGAGCUGGUGGAGGAGCACGUGCCGCUCCCGGAGCGGCCCGAAGUGAAGAGGAUUCUGGGGGAGACGAUGGUGGACCUGAGCCUGGAGCUGCGGGCGGAGGUGUCUCAGCUCUCCUUGCAGGUGGCGAUGUUGCGGUCUCUGCUCCAAGAGGCGCGGUCCUCCCAAGCCCCCGGCUCCCGCCCCACCUCCGACCCCUCCUCCCUCCUGGCACCGCCGCCCCUGCUGAGAGACCUCGUGCGCCGGGAGCUGCGGCAGCUGCUCCAGUGUCUCCGCCAGAAGGCCAUCUAUGAGGGCAGGGACCAGACCCAAGCGUGGGUCCAGUACAGCCCCAGGGUGCUGCGCUUUGCCUUGGAGGAGCCCCGGAGUGGUUUUCCAGCACAGGAGGCGUUCCAGGUGCCAGCUGGUGAACCCAGCAGCAGUCACAGAGACCUCAGUCUCAUCAAGGACCAGCUGGACCUGUCCAACAUUGACGGGGUUGCCAGACACCUGCGGGCCCUCCUGGAGGAGGAGUGUCACACCUUGGAGAGGGAGAUCCCCGUCCUGCAGCGCUGCCUGGAGGCGUGCACAGGGGCACGCCAGGCCUCCGAAGCAACCCUAGAGCCCACCCUGGCAGAGCUACAGGAGCAGAAGGCGGCCAUGCAACAGGAGCUGCAGGCACCUCUGCGGCCUUCCUGUGCCUCCCCCAGCCACAGGCAGCAGCCCUUGGGGUCCUCCAGCCAGGGCCUCAGAUCCUUGCCUUGCCUCCGCGGAGCUGCUGGAGUUUGGGCAAGGCCUCUCCAGUGCCACCUACCUGCUCCUCCUCUGGAACGCAGGCCUCCAGGCCUGGCUGCCACCUGCCGCUGGGGACGGAAGCUCCAGUGCAGCCCCAGGAAAAGGCCAGCUUCCACCUCAGUGUCCAGUGCGGUGCCCCAGGCCCCGACCUGACAGCUGGCCACAAAGUAGGCUUUGGCUUCUGGACCUCGCCCCGCCUGCUACUGCCACCUCUCAGUUGCCAUGGCCUCGCCUGCUUCAGAUCUUG